UACGGUCAGACUCUCAAUCUGACGCAGUGCAUCCUGACGCUCAGCAUCCUUCAGUGCGCAGCAUCCCACAACGGCCUGGACCGGACCAAACUAGAGGACCCCACGUACUGUAGAGAUGUAGACAUCCACAUUAUAUCAGCUAAACGAAGGACCGUCGACAUCUAUUGUUUAUUAUUCCACGGCUGUUAUCCGGAUCGCAGCGCGCCCAACCCUCAAAAUGGCUGAAAUCACUGAAAUAAGCGCAGUGUACGAUAUGUCCCCAGUGCUGGCGGGGUUUAUCGGUGCUGGUGUGUUGGUUGUUGCAGUCUUUGCGUUAAUCUUUGUGUGGACUUGCUGUCAGAAACAUUACAACAGGAGGAACUACAAGCUGCAUGGCAUCCAAUCAGAACACAGUGACCCGCUGACAGACCCGCCGUACAAGUUUAUUCACAUGUUGAAAGGAAUGAGCAUCUACCCUGACACGCUGACCAACAGCAAGAGGAUCAUCAGGGUGGCACGCCAGGCAAGGUCCCAGACCACUGAUGGGGCUCAAGGCAGCAAGGGCCGCCCAGUGGUGCUGGUAGAUAUGGAUUCGGCAGCAGAAAGCGGCCUGCUGGGAGAGAAACAAAUGCAGAUGAGGCUCGGGGAAAGUGGCCACGAGGUUCCCAGUUUGGAGAGGGAGCUUCCCGUGCGUGCGGAUUACUGCUGUCUGGACAGUAGCUCUGCAAGCAGCAGUCAGACCUCCAGUACUACGGUUUCCAGCACGGCUACACCCUUCACCCCUGCCGAUGAGCCCAGCAGGGGGGACCUCAGCAUUGCAAUCGACUAUAAUUUCCCCAAGAAGGCCUUGGUGGUCACCAUCCUGGAAGCUCGGGGGCUACCGGCAGUGGAAGGUCAGGUGGGCAGCGCAGACCCCUAUGUAAAGAUGACCAUUCUCCCAGAGAAGAAACAUCGUGUUAAGACUCGUGUUCUGAGGAAGACUCUGGAGCCUGCUUUCGAUGAGACCUUCACAUUUUAUGGUGUGCCGUACAGCUCCCUGUCGGAUCUCACUUUGCACUUCCUGGUGCUGAGCUUUGACCGCUUCUCACGAGACGAUGUGAUUGGGGAGGCGAUGGUUCCACUGGCCGGUGUGGACCCGAGUACAGGCCGGGUCCAUAUCACGCAACAGAUCACGAAGAGAAGUAUGCAGUGUGUAAGCCGCGGAGAGCUGCUGGUCUCUCUGUCCUAUCAACCUGUUUCUCACAGACUCAGCGUGGUGGUGUUAAAAGCAAAACACCUUCCAAAACUGGACAUCACUGGGCAAUCUGGAAAUCCAUAUGUGAAGUUAAACGUGUUCUAUGGCCACAAGCGCAUCGCCAAAAAGAAAACUCAUGUGAAGAAGAGCACACUCAACCCUGUCUUUAAUGAAUCCUUCAUCUAUGAUGUACCGGCUGAGUUGCUGCCAGACAUCUCUAUCGAGUUCCUGGUCAUGGACUUCGACCGCACUACUAAAAACCAGGCCUUGGGGCGGCUGGUGCUCGGCGCAAACAGCCCCUGCCCCUCGGGUGCCGCCCACUGGCAGGAGGUCUGCCAAAACCCACGGCGCCAAAUCUCAAAGUGGCACACACUCAAUGAAUAUUAGAGCUUCACCACACUCUCUCCCUGCACCCACUCAAACACAGGCACACAGGAAACGUUGAAUAACAAGAGACAGAGAGAGUUUGGGAAAAUAUGCCUUUGUUACCGUCACAUGGAAGGUAACUGAUCUUCAGGAGGACUUAAAAAAAAAAGACUUAAGCCAACGUUUACGUCAUUGCUGAUGUGAUGAUGGGCCUCGGAAAAUAAUCUUUUUAAAAAAAAAACAAGUACACGCUUACUUUCUCGCUCAGUUGCUCACACACAC